AUGGAUUCAACAAACGCAUUUUCCAAUUCAUUAAAAGAAAUGAAAAAUUAUCUAAACAAAGUCAGAGAAUAUAAUGAAAAUUAUAAAAAUAAAUUAUAUUUUAUUAAAAUAAAAGAUUUCUAUGGAAAUAAUUUUAAAAAACAUUUGUCAGAUUUAUAUAUAAUUAUUAAUUCAUUUAAAAGGGAAUUGAAAAAUGAUGCAAAUUUCCAAGAGCAGACUAUUAAUAGCAUAAAAAAACCAUUAGAUAUAAAUAAGGUUAAAGAUUAUUGCGAAUCUAUAGAAAAAAAAAAUAUAUCUUUAUAUAUAGAACCUCUUUUUGUUACUAUCAAAGAUCGUAUUUUAUCAACAAAUAAUGAAAUUGAGCUUCAAAAUGAGCUGUUAAAUAUUUUAGGUUACAAUAAUUUAGAUUUUAUAACUUUAAUAAUUCAAAAUAUUAAAAAUCUUAAAAACGAAGUAUUAGAUAUUAAUAAUCAAGCUAAUUCAGGUAAAAAUAAUAUAUUUUAUUCAGGAAGAGAUCAUAGAAAUGCAUCUGAAUCAAAUACAAUAAGAUAUGAUCAAGAUAACAUAUUUUUUAAAGAUCAAUCAUAUGAAAAUCCAGAAUCAUUUCCAAAUAUUUACGGAAAUUCAAAUACAAGAUCUUCUUUGAGUAUUUUUGGAACUAAAUUUUCAUUACCUCAUUGUUCAUCAAGGGAUAUUUAUCCAUUAUACGAAGAAAUCACCGUUCAACCUCCUAACGAAGCUCAAAAAAUAGAUAAUAAAAUAAUAUUUAUAAACGAAAUGGACAGUCUUUGCUCUAGAUCAUUUCAAGAAUAUCAAACUUUAAAUUAUAUUCAGUCAUUAGUUUAUCCUAUUGCUUAUAACACAAACGAAAAUAUGCUAAUAUGUGCACCUACUGGAGCAGGAAAAACAGAUAUUGCUAUACUUGCAAUUAUGCGGGUGAUAUCUCAAUUUUCAGACCCAUCUCCACAUAAAGAACCUAAACCAAAUUUUUUUAAAAUAAAUAAAAGUGAAUUCAAAGUUAUUUAUAUUUCACCAAUGAAAGCACUUGCAUCAGAAAUAGUAAAAAAAAUUAAAGGACGUUUAUCAUGGUUAAAUAUCCAAGUUCAAGAACUUACAGGUGACAUACAAUUAACAAAAUCGGAAAUUCUUUCAACACAAAUUCUUGUAACAACACCGGAAAAAUGGGAUAUUAUAACAAGAAAAAAUGUUGACGAUAUAGGAUUAACACAAAAAAUUAAGCUCAUAAUAUUUGAUGAAAUACAUAUGCUUCACGAUGAAAGAGGUACUGUUAUAGAAACUUUAAUUGCAAGGACACAAAGAUACAUUGAAUCUAGUCAAACGAUGAUUAGAAUUAUAGGACUUUCAGCAACAUUACCAAAUUAUAUCGAUGUAGCAAGAUUUCUUGGAGUCAAUUGUUACCAUGGCUUAUUUUAUUUUUCAGACCAAUUUCGUUCAGUUCCAUUAGAACAACACUUUUUAGGUGUUAAAGGAAAACCUGGAUCAAAAAUAUCAUCUACAAAUAUGAAUUUAGUAACAUAUGAAAAAGCUAUACAAUUAGUUAAAAAUAACCACCAAGUUAUGAUAUUUGUCCAUACACGUAAAGAAACAACCAAAACAGCAAAAACUCUUCUCAAUUUAGCAUUAAAUGACGGUUACGAAGAUAUUUUUAAUCCUUCAAAUCAUACACAUUACCAUUUUUUCAAAAAAGACAUUUCUAAAUCGAAAAACAAAGAAAUGAAAGAAUUACUUGAAAAGGGUUUUGGAAUUCAUAAUGCAGGAAUGUUGAGAUCAGACAGAAAUAUCGUAGAAAAAUACUUUAGCAUUGGAAUCAUUAGAAUUCUAUGCUGCACUGCUACAUUAGCAUGGGGUGUCAAUUUACCAGCAUAUGCAGUUAUAAUAAAGGGAACUCAGAUUUAUGAACCACAAAAAGGCAUUUAUGUAGAUUUAGGUAUAUUAGAUGUUCUUCAAAUAUUUGGAAGAGCAGGAAGACCUCAAUAUGAAGACCGUGGUAUUGGAUAUAUUAUUACAUCAAAUGAUAAGCUAGCACAUUAUGUAUCAUCAGUAACUCAACAACAUCCUAUAGAAUCUAAAUUUAUGGAAAAAUUGACAGACAAUCUUAACGCAGAAAUAUCUUUAGGUUCAGUAACAAAUGUAGAAGAGGGAAUUUCAUGGCUGAGUUAUACAUAUUUUUAUAUAAGAAUGAAAAAGAAUCCUCUUAUAUAUGGAUUAACUCAUAAAGAUAUCCAUGAUGAUCCACAAAUAUAUAAAAGAAGAAAAGAACUUAUAAUUUCGUCAGCAAAAAAACUAUACGAAACGCAAAUGAUAAUUUUCAACAAAAAAUCAGGACUUCUAAGUCCAAAAAACUUAGGAAAAAUAGCAUCAAAUUAUUAUAUUUCCCGAGAAAACAUAGAAAACUUCAAUAUGUCACUUAAAUCGAAUAUUACUGAAGAGGAAGUCUUACAUAUUUUAAGCAAGAGUUCAGAAUUUUCACAAAUGAAAUAUAGAGAAAAUGAAAAUGAAGAAUUAAAACAGCUCUUAGAAAAAUAUUGCUAUUAUAAAAUCAAAGAAACUAUUGAUUCAACACCAGGAAAAGUAAACAUUUUACUUCAAAGUUAUAUUUCCAAAGCACUAAUAGAAGAUUCUACUUUAAUAUCUGACUCAAAUUAUAUAGCAACAAAUGCUGGUAGAAUUUCUAGAGCACUAUUUGAAAUAGCAUUAUCUAGAAAUUGGGAAUCUGCUUUAACUAUUUUAAAUGUUUGUAAAUCUAUUGAAAGACAAAUAUGGUCACACGAGCAUCCAUUAAGUCAAUUUAAUCUGCCUACUAAAAUAUUGCAAAACUUGGAAAUGCAUAACAAUAUUGGAAAUAUAAGAGAUUUGAAAAGAAUGAGCAAAACGGAGCUUGGAAUGCUUGUCCAUCAUAUCCGUUUAGGUGGAAUUAUAUCUAAUUAUAUCAAUAAAUUUCCUCUUAUAAAAAUUGAUGCAAAAUUUUUUCCAAUUACAAAGAAGAUUCUAAGAAUUCAACUAGAUAUACAGCCAGAUUUUAUUUGGGAUAGCACAAUUCAUAACCCUGUAGAGCUUUUUUGGAUUUGGGUAGAAAAUUCAGAUUCUUCAGAAAUUUUACACUCUCAUCAUUUACUACUUUCUAAAAAGAAAAAGGAAGAAACUCUGGAUUUUUUUAUCCUUCUACCGGACAUUAUUCCAUCUCAAAUACUUAUUUGGGGAAUUUCUGAUAAAUGGCUAAAAGCAGAAACAAUGACACCAAUAUCUCUCAAUAACAUUAUUUUUCCGGACAGUUCAAACUCAAUAACUGAGUUACUUGAUCUCCAACCCCUUCCAAUUUCUGCAUUGAAUAAUUGUGUUUUAGAAGAAAUAUAUUCUAAAAAGUUUAUUUUUUUUAACGCAAUACAAACACAAAUAUUUCAUACUCUAUAUCACACCAAUAUAAAUGUUUUAAUAGGUGCGCCUACUGGAUCAGGAAAAACAAUAGCAGCAGAGCUCUCUCUAUGGUGGGCAUUUAAAACAAAACCAUCAUCUAAAAUAAUUUAUAUUGCACCAAUGAAAGCAUUAGUUCGAGAGAGGAUAAAAGACUGGACUACAAGAUUUGCAAAUCCAUUGAAAAAAAAAAUUAUAGAAUUGACAGGUGAUACUUCACCAGACUCUAAAGAAAUAUAUGAAGCAAAUAUAAUCAUAACUACACCUGAAAAAUGGGAUGGUAUUAGUAGAAACUGGAAAAAAAGGAAAUAUGUUCAAGAAAUAUGUUUAAUUAUUAUAGAUGAAAUUCAUUUACUUGGAGAUGAUCGUGGACCCAUACUUGAAAUUAUUGUAUCACGUAUGAACUACAUAGCUACUCAAAAUAAGUCACAUAUACGAAUAAUAGGCUUAUCAACUGCUAUAGCAAACGCUUGGGAUUUGGCAGAUUGGUUAGGCAUAAAAGAAGAAGGAUUAUACAAUUUUCGGCAUUCUGUAAGACCAAUUCCGUUGAAAAUAUAUAUAGAUGGAUUUCCUGGCCAUAAAUAUUGCCAAAGAAUGGCGUCAAUGAACAAGCCAGCAUUUUCUGCUAUUCUUGAUCAUUCUCCUGAUAAACCUGUGCUUAUAUUUGUAUCAUCAAGACGACAAACUAGAUUAACAUCACAGGAUUUAAUAGCUUAUUGUGGUUUGGAAGGAAAUCCAAAAAGAUUUCUUCAUAUGUCAGAUCACAAAUUAGAUAUGAUAUUAAGUCAGGUUCAAGAUGAAUCUUUAAAAAAUGCAUUAAAUUUUGGUAUUGGUCUUCAUCAUGCAGGAUUAACUGAAAAUGAUCGCAAACUAUCAGAGGAGCUUUUUAUAAAUAAUAAAAUUCAAAUUCUGAUUGCAACUAGUACUUUAGCAUGGGGUGUAAAUACUCCAGCACAUCUAGUAAUCGUAAAGGGUACGGAAUUUUUUGAUGCAAAAACUCAAGGGUAUAAAGAUAUGAAUUUAACUGAUGUACUUCAAAUGCUUGGAAGAGCUGGAAGACCUCAAUUCGAUACGGCAGGUGUAGCAAAAAUAUUUAUUCAAGAUACCAAAAAAUCUUUUUAUAAACAUUUUCUUCAUGCAGGGUUUCCUGUGGAAUCAUCUUUACAUAAGGUUUUAACUGAUCAUAUUUCCGCUGAAAUUGUUAAUGAAACAAUUUCUUCAGAACAAGAUGCAAUAGAUUAUUUAACAUGGACAUAUUUUUUUCGAAGAAUUCAUAAAAAUCCUGCAUACUAUGGUUUAUCUGAUAGUUCACAAAAUAGUAUAAAUGCAUAUUUAUCGAAAAUAAUUAAUACAUCUAUCAAUGAGCUUAUAGAAUCUAAUUGUAUCUAUAGAGAUGAAAAUGGAACGCUUAAAGCGACUGUAUUUGGUUCAAUAGCAAGUUAUUACUAUAUAUCUCAUAAAACUAUUAGAAAUUUAUUAAAUAAAAUUAAAAUUGAAAUUAAUUUCAAAAGCUGUUUAAAACUUUUGUCAGAAGCAUCAGAAUUCGAUGAAUUAUCAGUACGCCACAAUGAGGAUAUUAUUAAUAAAGAAAUUUCUCGAAAAUUACCUUUUAAAAGUGAAGAAAUGGCACUACCUUUAUGGGAUCCUCAUGUAAAAACAUUUCUUCUUAUUCAAGCACAUUUAAAACAUUUCGACUUGCCGAUCAUAGAUUAUAUUACAGAUACUAUUUCCAUUUUAGAUCAAAGUGUUCGAAUUUUACAAGCAUAUAUAGAUAUUUCAACCGAACUAGGCUAUCUAGAAGCUUGCUUGGAAUUUAUAUCACUUUUACAAUGUAUAAAACAUGCUAGAUGGCCUGAAUUAUCUGAACUAUCUAUACUUCCAGGUGUAAAUCACGAAAAUGCAAUGAAUUUACAACAAAUAUCACAAACAAAACUAGAAUCUCUUCCAAAAAAAUCAAAAAAUUAUUUAGAAAAAUUAGGAUUACUUCUUAAAGUUCCUAAAGAAAAAAUGAUAGAGUUUAUAAAUGUCGCAAAGACUAUACCUAUAAUAACUAUAGAAAUUUCUCAAAAAGAAAAAUCUUUUUUAAAUAUAACUCUGAUAAAAGAUUCCAAACCUUAUCACCCAAAUUAUAUACUAUAUUCUCCAAAAUUCCCAAAACCUCAGAAAGAAGGCUGGUAUAUAUUAUGCGCAUCUCAUACAUCUAAUAGAAUUCAUGUUUUAAAACGAUUAACUAUGUCCAAACACACACAAGGAAUACUAAAUACUAAUAUUAUAAUACCUCAGACUAUUUAUGGAGAACUUGUCAAUAUAAUUGUAAUAUCUGAUACUUUUUGUAUCAAAAAAAUACACAGUAUAAGAUUAAUGUCAUAA